CCUAGACCUAUGGGAUCCCCCAGCGCAUUGAACUUCAAGCGCCUACGAUCGAUGCGCCAUGGGCUCCGGGUCUUCGGCUGCGAAAUACCAAGGCGACUCCGAGUCGCCCGCUGAGGCGACAGUCGUCACUGUCAAGCCAAGGUCUCUACAUCCGGGAAAUGGCGACGUGGAGCCGAAGAUCUCGGAGGACUCGGAGCAGGCGCUGGCUUCUGAGAGUACAGCCGCUACAGCCGAGCGCACGCUGGACACAGGCUCAGAAAGAGCCUGGUCAGGAGGCGCAGGCGUCGGAGGCCCUGCUACCGUCCAUCUGAAUGGAGCAGGCACCAGCGUUACUCUUGGAGUGCGAGACAAGCAGGCUGAGAGACAAGGCACCGGGAGUGCCAGCCUGGGCAGAGACCUAGGUGACAAAGGAGGGCUGCACUCGGGGCAAAGGGUCUGGGUGCAUGGCCUGCGGAGCUCUGCAGAGCUCAACGACCAGGAGGCGUUGAUUGUGCGCUGGGAUGCGAUUUCUGGACGCUGGGUGGUGCGCUUCAGCACCGGGCUGGAGAAGCGCAUCCGGGCCGCCAAUUUGUCUUCGUCACCACCUGCCAGCACAAGUCCUGGCAUGAAUAGCGCCAAGGAGUUGGAGCAGUACAUGCUCCACACGAAUUGGUCGGCCAUCUACCAACUUUUUUACGAGCGCUUCGGGGUGGAAGGCCUGAAUCGCUUGGAACGGGGCUAUGCAGUGAAGGCUGCCGUGGAGAUGACGCUGAGCAUCGUCGCCAAGUGCUUCGCGCUGCUGAGGAGCGACCCCCAUGGCCGCUUGCACUGUACACCCUUGCACAUUGCCGCCCUGCAGAGCAGCAUGGAGGCGGCGGAGGUCAUCGUGAGGGACUCUCCCAAGGUGGUCGAGCGGACGCACCGAGAGUCUCCCUCAGCGCUGUGCCCCCUGCACAUUGCCAUCCUCUGCGGGAGCUAUAGCAUCGUGGAACUUUUGUUGGACGGGAAGGCAAAUCCCAACGUGCGGACGCUGCACGACGUGUCGCCGUUGCACCUCGCGGCCACCACCUCCAAGGAGCUCUGCCAGCUGCUGCUGGCCUAUUCUGCGGAGAGUUGCCAGCACGACGUCAUGGGGAGCAACGCGGUGCACUACGCCGCCACUUUCAAGCAGCACGAGGUGCUGGAGAUCCUGCUCAACACGCCGCAGGCGCCGCGUCUGGCGGCGGAGGGGGACCAGAAGCGGGUCACGGCUCUGCACGUGAGCUGCGCGCUCUUCAGCGGCCAGACGGACCAGCUGGGUCCCAUGCUGCUCCUGGCCGCAGGGGCCAAGCCUUGGCAAUCCGAUGUCUCCGGAUCCUCGGCCAGAGAUGUGGUGCCGUACGAAGGCGGAGAGCUGAUGAAGUUCUUCGAGAGCUGUGGGGACAACUCCAAGGUUGCCGCCCAGAACUGGCUCGAGGACUACUUGCUGAAAUCUCGUGACGACGCCACUGAAGAGAGUGACGAUGAAGACUGGCAGGAGGGCACCACCCCGACCGGAGCCUAUGAAGGGGUGCCAACUCCGACUGCUGCAGUGACAGAACGAGGGGAAGCAGCCCGACUGCGCGAGGAAGUCGAGAGGCUGAAGGCCUCGCUCGAGGAGAAGGAUCGCAGGUGCGAGGAGCUGGAGCCUUUGGGGCGGCAGUUGCAGCACAGCCAGGAGAAGGUGCAAAUGCUGGAGCAGGGCGCGAGGAACCAGCAGGAGAUCUUCAGCGUGCAGAUGGGCCUCAUGGACCAAACCCGCGCCCAGCAUCAGGCGCAGCUGCAGGAGUUGAAGGACCGGCACCUGGCAGACAAGCAGCACUGGGAGGAGCGCAGCCGAUCGGAGCUGGAGGCGAGACUUCGGGAUGCGCAGCAGGAGGCGGAGCUCAAGUUGAGAGACUCGGAGCUGCGGGUGGCAGAGCUGCAGGCGGAGGUCAAGCAGGCGCAAGUGUCGCAGGCAGAGCAGAUGGCGCGAGCCUUCAGCCGCACGCUCUCGGAGACGGAGCAAGCGAACGCCGACACGAACACGGAGGAGCUGCAAGCUGAGCUGGGGCGCUUAGAGGAGCUGUGCAACCAGGAGCGGGCCGCAGCGGCGGAAGCCUGCAAGCACUACCAGGACGUGAAGAGCGCUGCGAGGAGGAUAAGCGCCAGGCAUGGCAUCGCGUGGAAUGAGGCUCCACGGAGCUCCAAGAAGGUGGGCGAGAACCCGCUGCAAGGGAUCGAGGAGGCCUUGGGGCGGCUGCAGUCCUCUGCCCAGCUCCAAGACCGCGAAGCGCAGGCUCUGCACUUGCAGAUGGCCCAGCUCAGGGAGGAGGCGGACUUGCAGCGGGCGGCGAAGCUCGAAACGGACGACAGGUGCCGGCAGAUGCAAGUGGAGAUGCAGCAGGCGGAGAACCAAAUGAACGCCAAGGCUUUGCAGCUGGAGUCCGAGCUCAAGGAGACCCUGCUGCUCCAGUCCCAGGCCGCCGAGAGCCGCGACUUCGAGGCCUCCAUCGCCCUGAAACGCGCCGAGGAGGCGGAGGAGAAGCACCGCUCGCUGGAGGCUUCAGUUGAGACCUUGACCGCGCAGCUCUCGCAAUUGGAGGGGCGGUUCAUUGAGGAGCAGCUGAUCCGGAAAAAGUAUCACAACCAGAUCCAGGAUAUGAAGGGCACCAUCCGGGUCUUCUGCCGGUUCCGGCCCAUCGGCAAACGAGAGCACGAGAAAGGGGACUUCCAGGCGCUGCACAAGGCGGACGCCUUCAGCGUGGACCUUCAGCGCUUGGCUCCUCACAACGACUGCCGCCGCUUCGACUUCGACGCGGUCUUCGGAGCCGAGAGCUGCCAGCAGGAGGUCUUCAGCGAUUGCAAGGACUUAGUGCAGAGCGCGCUGGACGGCUACAACGUCACCAUCUUCGCUUACGGGCAAACGGGCGCCGGCAAGACUCACACCAUGUAUGGCAGCAACGACAACCCCGGCCUGGCGCCGCGUUCCAUCGACUCACUGUUCCACCUGAUCCGGCAAGAGGAAAGUCAAGGCCGGAAGAAGUUUUCAGUGAAGGCGUACAUGAUUGAGCUUUACAAGCAAGACAUUCUUGAUUUGUUGGCGGAGAAGAAAGACCCGAAGGAGCAAAAGCCGCUGCAAGUGAAGAAGGAUGCUGGUCGAGGCAUCAUGUUUGUGGAGGGGGUCUCCGAGCGCAAGAUCGAGGGCCCGGAGCAGCUCAAGGCGGUGCUCGCAGAGGGUGAGCGACGGCGACACACCGCCGCCACCGCGAUGAACUCCAGCAGCAGCCGGUCCCAUUUGUUGUUGAGCAUCAUCAUCGAAGCGACGGCAAAGGACACUGACCAGGUGAUCUAUGGCAAGAUCACCUUGUGCGACCUCGCCGGCUCCGAGCGGCCCAAGAAGAGUGAAGUGAGUGGCGAAGCGCUCAAGGAGGCCAUUGAGAUCAACAAGAGCCUCUCAGCGCUGGGCGAUGUCAUCGAGGCGUUGUCCAAGGGCAGCAAGAGCAUCCCGUACCGGAACCACAAGCUGACGAUGCUUAUGCAGGACAGCCUCGGCGGUUCAGCCAAGACGCUGAUGUUCGUGAACUGUUCGCCCGCCAGCUCCAACUGUGAGGAAACCAUGAUGUCGCUGAAGUGGGCCACCAGGGCAAAGCAGGUGACCAAUGAUGUCAAGAGGAAUGCAGACAGCAAGGAGGUGGCGAGACUCAAGCAGGUGAUCGCACUCAUGAGCCAAGCUCAAAGUGUGGAGGAGCCGCUCGCCAAAGGGGGCGGCCUGGCAUCCUGAGGAUUCGGAACCCAAGCGCGAAUCGGUCCGUUUCGGUUUCACCGUGGCCCGAAGAUGUCGGGG